AUGGAUACCUCCAGGUUGCUUGGGAAAGAGUGGUCUGAAUCCAAUGUCGAAUCUGAAAGGCCCACCCCUGAUCGGCUCGAAGACCACCAUUGUCAAAGACAAUGCAGUUCUGGUUAUCUUUGUCAACAAAGAAACACAUGGUUUGUCCGUGUUGUUGUCUUCUUCUUCGCGUGUUUCAUUGCUUCAGUUCCGUUCUUGAUGUUGACAUGGUGUCGAGGUGCUGCCUCCUCUGGCUAUCGCGUACUUGCUAUUCCAUACUCACUGGGAACCGACGCAAUUCGACACACAGUCAAGGAAGGUGCACUAGCUGGAACCAACGACUUCGUUGGACCACCAUCGGAUGCAUCUUGGAAGGCAUGGCUAGAUUUGGUUCCGCUAAGCCUCAUUCAAAUUUCACAUGAGGAGACGGUGAUGGCGAAGGAAGACCCGGAGCACCCAGUGGAGGUAGAUGAAGGCGGAUACAUGGGAUCGCUCGAGUUCAUCACGAGUUGCACUGUCUGCGUCGCCUGA